UACAAACAGCAUGACGCGUUCGCAGACAGCAGAGAGUAAAGAGUUGACAGUCUGAGGAGCGGUUCAGGUCUCUCUCUUGCCUCUCUGAGCAAGUUGCGGUUAACGUAAGGAUUUUCCAGAGUUGGACCAGGAUCUUUUUUGUCCUUCUGCGACAUGGAAACUCUAUUGGACACACAGCGAAGACUCAAGUCCCUGCUAUUAAUGUACCUCUUGGUCGUAAAGGCAGCAGGUGACUGUCCUAAACCUGAGGGAGGGAACAAUACUGUCCUAACCAAUGAAUCACUUCUAAAGAAUGUUUUCCCAGAGAAUAUCAUGGUCACGUUAGAGUGUUCUAGUGGAUAUAUUAAAGAAAGCGGCUCUGAAUUUAUAACUUGCAUUAAUGAUCAAUGGACUGAGUCAGAGCUCAUCUGCAAGAAGAAAGACUGUGGUCAACCUCCACCAAAGCCACAUAUGAAGUUUGAUACAAGUCAGGGUACUCUGUUUGGUGUUCUAGUAAAAGUAACUUGUGAAAAAGGUUACCAGAUUAGCGGGUCGAGCUACAAAGAGUGCUAUGAUCAAGGGUGGAGUGGCAGAGCUUCUUGCGAAAUUGUAACAUGUGACAAACCUGCAAUAGCCAAUGGCAAUACUUCAUGGGAUUCUGGAGAUGACCCAGAAUACAACAAUACCAUACGUUACACCUGUCAUGAAGGAUACACCCUCAUAGGGAGUGAUACUGUUGUAUGCGAUGAAACUGGUGAAUACAGUCCUGAUCAACCUGUAUGCAAUGAAGUGACAAGAGCGCCAGCUACUACUUCUCAACCACAAGUUGCCAUAACGGAUUUGACAACAACUGACGCAAAAGUAUCCACGUUUUCAGAUUCCUCUGCUGCACCCACAGUUCACAGAACUCAAACUGUCACAACCAGUUCAAUACCAAAUCUCUCAACUUUACCAAAAGUUUUCAGAGGAAAAGCUACUUCUGCCGGUAUUCUGUCAACUACAUCAUCAUCCUUUCAAGGCAUGCAUGAUGGGAAUGUAAAUACUGCCACGGAUAGUGGAACAGUGGCUGCUGUCGUCAUUGGUGCUGUGGUUUUGUUAGGUGUAAUUAUAGGUUUUUUCCUGUUGCACAAGUUUAACAUGAGAAGAAAAGGCUCAUAUGACACCAGAGAAGACCAGAAGCCGGGGUUAUUACACUUCCAAAAUCUUUAGAUUGCCAGCCUCACCCAGUUCACAUGGAAUUUCACCUUUAUGAAAAGGCCCAAGGAUGUACCAUCAAACUGUGCCUCUCUGAGUUGACGGGGAAAGACAACUUACUUUCAUUGUUGCCGCAGUUCAUUUGGCAGAUAAUCCACCCUGCUGAGCUUACAUAGUUAAAGUAUCAAACUUGGAUUGCCUUUUGUAAUAUUAUAUUUGAUUUUUGCAUUAUUUUAAACCUAAUUUGUAAAUAUUUUAUUGUACUUUAUUAUUGCUGCUUAUAUGCUAUUUAUGUUAUAAAACAGAGUAAAUACAAUAAUGUUCUUUUCUUGUUGUUCUUGCAAAAACAUUUUUUUGUUUGCAGCUUUUGAUCAAUUUUACCACCAUAACUUUACAUGUCAUGUUAUAUGUUAAUGUGUGGUUUCAUUUGGCCAGAAGAAAGGAGGUUAGAAAGAGAUGCAGUGCAUACAGUGUGGUUAAUUCAGUCAGUAGAAUGAAGUGGUGACUUCUAAAGAUACAAUCAGCUGCAUUCUUUGCCUCCUGACUUUCUUUUCAUCAUUGUUUAUUGUUGAGAUCUAAGCUGCGGAAAAAAAGAGUAAACUGCACUCCCAUGAGAAAA